AUGUUCUCGAUGCAUAGGAUCCUGCGGGUGUCUCUUGCGCUGGUAGCGCUGCUCGCGGUCGUGCUGGCCGAGGAGACGCGCACCGCGACGGAUCUGCUGCGCCAGGCAAACGCGGCGCUGACCUCGUACGACUACGCCGGCGCGCUCGAGGCAUUUGACGAGGCGAUCACGCUGGACCCCACGUCGUAUCUCUCCUACUUUAGGCGCUCUACGGCACAGCAGGCGCUGGGAAGGACCUCUGCGGCGCUUGCGGACCUCGACGCGACGCUCGAGCGGAACGCCGAGUUCGCCAAGGCCUACCUGCAGCAGGCGCGUAUUCACCUCAAGGAGGGCGAGUACAAGGCCGCGCUGGACGUGCUCAAGCGCAUGACCAAGCACAUCAAGAAGGACCAGGAGAAGGAUCUUGCGCAGGAGAAGGAGCUGCGUGCGCAGGUGAAGCACGCAAGCGACCUCAGCCAGCGCCUGGCCAAGCUCGCCUCGGACAAGAAGCACGCUGUCGAGUGCAUUGCCGUGGCCAGCGAGCUGAUCAAGAUCGCGCCGAACGACCUCGGCGCGCGGCAGCACCGCGCGACGUGCCAUCUCACACACGGCGAGCUCGACGAGGCGGUAACGGACUGGAGCCGCAUUGCCGCCCUGGCGCCGUCGACCGAGCUGCAGCUGCGUCUCUCGUUUUUGUCCUACUAUGUGCUCGGCGAGUACGACUCGCAGAUGCGCAAAGCCGGUCUCUCGCAUCUCAAGGCAUGCCUGCACAAUGACCCGGACAACAAGCAGUGUAUCAAGGCACACAAGCAGCUGCGCAAGAUCGACAAGGCGCUCGCCAAGGCGCACAAGUUUGCCGAGGCCUCGAGCUGGACGGCGGUCGUGAGCGCGCUCAAGGGACCCAAGGUCGGCGGCCCGACGAUCCUCGAGGACGUCGAGCGCGUGCUGUCGAGUGCGGCGGAGCCCAACAGCGACGGCGUCACGCUCCUUCCCCCGACGCUCACGAAGCCGAUGGAAAAGAGCGAGCUGGUGAUUGAGAUCGACACGCUCUACUGCCGUGCGUACGUCGGCCAGAACCUGUUCAAGAAGGCGAUGCCGUUCUGUGACAAGCUGCUCCAGCACGACCCCAAUAGUCUCCCGGCGCUGGUCGCCAAAGGCGAGGACCACAUGGCCAACCAGCGGUACGAGGAGGCGGUCCAGGUGCUGAACCAGGCCUUUACUGCCACCCAGCAGACCGACCGCGAUAUCCACCAGCGCCUGGUCAAGGCGCAAAAGCUCCUGAAGCAGUCCAAGUCGAAGGACUACUACAAGACGCUCGGUGUCGCGCGCGACGCGGACGACCGCACGAUCAAGAAGGCCUACCGCCGGCUCGCGCGCGAGCACCACCCUGACAAGGGCGGCAGCCAGGAAAAGAUGGCCGAGAUCAACGAGGCGUUUGGCGUGCUCGGCGACCCCGAGCUCCGCGCGCGCUUCGACCAGGGCGACGAUCCCAACGACCCGACCGGUGGCCAGAGCUACGAGCAGGGCUUUGGCGGCCACGGCGACGCGUUUGCGCAAAUGUUCCAAAACGCCGCCUUCCAGCAGUUUGCGCGGGGACACGGAGGUGGACAGCAGUUCCACUUCUCCUUCUAG